AUGGCGGAACUGUUCCUUGACCCAGCCAUCCGUCUGUGGGUUAUUUUACCCAUUGUGAUCAUCACUUUUCUCGUAGGAAUAAUCAGACAUUAUCUCUCAAUGCUUCUGCAGUCUAAGAAGGAAUUAGAUCUUUCACAAGUUUCUGACAGGUAAGUCCAGGAUCCAGGGGAAGCAAAAGAUACCACUGAUAAAAAGACAUUGUAGUCGACCUCAGAAAGUUACCAUAGCCUCUCUCCAUUUUUGAAACACUUGUCACUUACGCCCUCCCCAAUGUUGAUUCACGUAUUGCCCAUUUUGCGAAAAAAAGCGAAUCUCAACGCUGGGGAAGGACAAAAGAAAUACAUGCACAGGUAAAAUUUAGUUGAGUCAGUUGAGAAGGUGUCAUGAAAAAUGCAAGUUUUGAUAUUAGGGGUACAUUCGAGACUUUGCGAGAGUGGAGACCCUGGUUAAAAAUUCGAGACCGAGACUUAGGCUUUUUUUUAUCCAAUCGAAGACCAAGACUUUACUUCUGAAAAUCCGAGUACAAGACUCUAGGUGCUAAAGAUUUCGAAGUAUAAUGGUACUAAUAAAGUUCUUAGCCCUUGUCUGUAAAGAUCAUGGCUAAAAAUAAGUGGAGUGGCAAUGAAUAUCUGCAGCAAUGAAUAUUUGCUGAGUCAAUUAGCGUAAAUGUUUAAGAUACCAGUAGUUCCCAUUCAUCAGUGUCAUGUUAGUUAUUUACCACUAGUAACGGUAAUAUAUUCAGCAUCUGUAAUUCAUGGUAUUUAAACUUACUUUGCCCUAAUUAUAAAUGCAAGAUUCCAAAACGAGUCAAUUUUUAGCGAGCCCAAGAUUUGGAGACACUUAUUUUAAAUGCUGAAAUUUCGAGACAGGCCAAAAUUUUCCGAAACCCACAUCUUUCGAGGUACCAUCCUAUAUCCCUAAUGUUAUUAGUCCAGGGCCGGGUUGCUCAAAGAUGGGUUAAGAUAACCCUGGGUUAUUGCCAAAAUUAUUUGAAUUCAGAUAUACAAACUUAAAAGCAGAUUCAGUUUUAUUCCUUUUUUCUGUAAUUUGAUAAUUGGAUGUGCUAAUUAAAAAUAAUACAGGGUCUGGAAGGGUGUUCUCGGGAUCUGGAGUUUGACCAAAAUACGGAGCGGGAUUUGGAAAAAGGCAAAAUAUCUUGACAGGAAAUGGGAUUUGACUCCUUCCUGGAAAAUGGGAUUCACUGAAACUUGGGCCACGAUGCGGGAUUUUUAUUUUUGCUUGUCUAUCGGGAAUUUGGCAAAUUGUACAUUCUAGCGGCAAAUGUGAAGUCAAACAGCCAAGCUUUCAGUGGUUUCUCCAUGAAAGAAAACUACAGAUUGACGUAGGUAAUGAUUGCUAAUGAGAAGCCCUGCAAGACACAAGGCCGUGAGGUGUCAACAUAAUAAAUCCGCGCACGAAAGUUCCAAGGCAGAAUGAAUCUCAAAGCGAUGAACAUAAGGUACCGUAAGGCAACUUCUAUGACGAAAUGCAGAACAGAGAAUAUAAGAAAAAUAUGCUUUGUCAAGUCAGUAUUUCAAAUUCUUUAUGCAGUAGAACAGUUUAGUUCACCAUUUUCAAGGUAAUUUUUGGUCAUGCAAACGAAUUAAGUUCAAAAUAUUUUACCCAAAUACACUGCCUGUUUAUGCCGUUAAGAAAAAAUAAUUACGCCGCAAAAUUCAUGGUGUCUUUGAAGCAAAAUAAUUUGGAAGGCUUCAUUGGUGCACCAUAAAUCUUUUUUUCCUGAAAAGUAGACAUCCUAAGCUUAUUUAAAAAGAGACCAAGUAUAAAUCUGUACGUUGAAUAUUCAUGGACGUACUGUCAAUUUUUCAAGGAUUCUGAGUUUGCUUAUUAAUUUUAAGACCACUAAAUUUUACACAAAAUGACCUUUGGACAAAAACACUAACUUCAGUAUCUCGAAAAAUGUGCUAUGUAAAGUCGGGUUCUCAAAUUCUUUGUGCAGUAGAAGAGUUUAGUUCACUAUUUUCAAGGUUAUUUUCGCUUAUGCAAUCGAAGUGAGUUCAAACUAUUUUUCACAAAGACACUGGCUGUUUAUGCCACUGGGAAAAAACUAUAAUGCCAGGAAAAUUACUGUGUCUUUCAAGACAAAUAGUUCAGAAGACUUCAUCAGCACACCAUAAUUUUUUUUUUGCUGAAAAGUAGACUUCCUAAGCUUUAAAAAGAGACCAAUUAUAAAUCUGUACAUCAGUCUUUUUAAAAUUGUUUAUGUGUAGUUACAUUCAUGGUUUGGUUUAUUGAUUAUUUUCCAAAAGUACUCUUGCAUCUUGGUUCGCUAGGUUUCCAUCCUUAUAUCGGUGAACUGAGUAUCGUUAAAUCAGGAUUCUGCUCCAUACAAUGUACAGUAACUUUGCUGGGACAUAAAAUGUUGAUCAUUAAAUCAGGAAUAUAGUUAAAUGUCAAUGAUUGUAAAAUUGGGGUUCCACUACAAUUUAAUAUUGUGACAUACAUGUAUUUAUUAUAGUGGUGUGAUCAAUCAUCUUUGUUGUCAGGUCCAAUCUCAGUCAGCUUCUGUUGAGUGCCAUCCACAUUAUAGUAAUUUAAUAUAAUACUCUGCAAUACUGCCGCCAGUAUACUAUGAAUAAUGUUAAUUAUAUUUGUCUUUCUGUUUUAUUUUCAGUCAAGCAUUAUUGAGAAGCAGAAAUCUAAGAGAGAAUGCAAAAUAUAUCCCUUAUGAGGUAUUUUCAGGCUGUUAAGGAAGAUUUUCAAAAUUUGAUUUAUAGAUCCAGCCUCACUAAACUGCAUGGCAGUGGAAAAUUUAUAAAUCAAGGCAAUUAUAAUGUGCACCCUCUCGUUGCCCCUCCUCCCUCCUUCUGACUCAGCAUAAGCAAAAUUGUGACUGAGAACUUAUAGUUAGACAAUGUUCAAGGUCUAAGCCAAUGAGCAGAAUUGUACAAUGCUAACAAUAAGCUAUGUAUCACAGCAAAGGAGACAUGAAAGUAACAUUCACUGGUUUAGCCAUUCAGAAUAGGCAAACGUAUUCACCUACAGACAGUGAAGACAAAAUUAAUGAUACUAGGUAACUAAUGAUAAACACCUAACAAUGAUACAGUGACAGGUCUAAAGUACAUCACGCAGAGAUGCCCACAGGGUUGAUAGCUGCCUCGAAGCUGCCAACCGUGCAGCCUGACCUUUAAUAUCAACACCACAAAUCACUAGUAUUACAGCACAAAAAAAUAUAGCUACAAAACAGCUGACAGGAAACUGAGACUAGAUACAAGAACAACCAGAUCUAUAGCACCACUUUAAAUCCAGUGGCAAAACAGUAGUACACUGUUCAUGCUGUGCUGCUGUUAGGCUAAUAGGGUUUUGUGAAAGCAAUCAAGUUUUGUUAUAACUUGUCUCAUUUAAGAAAUUCUAGCAAUUCAUAUGUUAUCGACCCAAUUGAAAAAUGGCUGUUGGAUUAUAAUAUUCUUUUGUUUAAAUUAAAACUAGCCUGACUAGCCUCUCUUGAGAUAAUGUAUUCUUUCGAAUUUUGUACUUAAGAAUGAGGCUGGUAAAGCUAAUUUUAAUUUAAACAAAAGAAUAUUAACCCAUUCGCUCCUGGAGAUUUUGCCGAAAAACGCGUUUUGAAGCUAGUCGAGUGGUUUUCUGGUCACUGUCGUGCUAUAAAGAGCUAAAACUUACCUCAAACCGGUUUACAGGUCGUACACUUGAUGGCCUUCUGAUCCAGAUGCAAAAUAUCAGCUUGCAAAGUUCGGGCAUGCGCAGAAAGCAAAAUUUCGACAUAGUUUUUGGGUUUAAAAGUGACACAGCAGUCUUGACUUUUACUUUUCGCUUUCUCUCCUCCCCUUUUUUUUUGCUUUUCUUGCCUCAUUUUUUUUUUCUCUUGCUGGGCAUUUAGUAGGCUUCAUUUUGGUGGGAAUAGUUUUUAGGAAAGCUUUAAGGAUCUUAGGAUUAGGUGAAAGGAAAGGUAGGUGGGCAAUGGAACAAGAUUUUCAUGGAGAUUUUCAGGUCAAUUUUACAUGGUUUUUUGCCUCUUUCUCCGGUGUCCUUGACUGAAUUGUGCUCAUUCUGGUAUGGUUUGAAAGAUCUCUUCACUCUGCACAAGUUAGCGGAAAAAGUUGUCCUUGACCGUUAAAACUGAUGACGUCACAAAGGGUAGAAAGGACGUGGAUCUGCACGGGCGGUUACGGGCGGUUCAGGGGCGAAUGGGUUAAUCCAGCAGCCACUUUUGUAUUGGGUCUACAAAGCUAAUCCCACGCAGGGUUCUCCAGAGGCUCCAGCAACUAGUGAAAAUUGCCAUGUAAACAUUCUUGGGAUCUGCUUCAGAUGAAGACCAGAAAAAUCAAUGACUCAACCAGCUAGCUUCAAACAGAGAUUUUUGGCAAAAUCUCCUGGGAAGGAUGGGUCAUGUUUUACAUUUACACCUGUAGUUAACUUUUACAUUAAUUAAUCAGUUUCUCUUAAAUGAUUUGUGAAUGCAGCCGCUUUUGUAAAGUGUAACAUAACAUUUGCUAUUUGUUAACAGUCAUUUGAGGCAAGAAGACAUUUCUUCAAUGAUGAAAAAGAAGGAUAUUUUAAGACACAGGACAAAAAGGGACCAGUGAAGAAUCCCAUAUCAGGUUGGAAUGUCUUCCUUUGUUUGUAAAAUUAUGAAGAACUUAAUUUUCUUGCUGUUGGUUUUGCUUGUGAUGUCAUUAACCUGCUUCAAAAGCUUUUUACUUUCGCAAAAAAGGUUUUUUUCUCAGUACACUCAUUCAAAUGUCAAAAUGAGGUCUGUUCUAAUUUUAUACUGUUGCUACAUUCAAGGAUCUUCUUCUUCAAUGAUAAAAAAUAAAAAAACUGUCUGUUGAUAAAAUAUAGUUUGAACAAGAUCUUUCUAUAGGAUUAACGGGGCAAGGCCUAUGUACUAAAAUCAAAUAAACAUCAUUUCAACACAGGUAGUCCUCUUUUAACAGCUGUUAUUUAUUGUAAGAUCACUUCAAAGAGGACAGAUGGCAAAUUGUUGCUGCUCAAAAUAUCUAUCAGUCGUAACUGUUUAUCAGUAGGAUGCCUAAAAUGUGUACAAUUCCACAAUUGGUUUGAGCCCCAUUUAAUCCUAUACUUACUGUAGAACAUUUUAUAAGGAGCCACCCAGAAUGUGAACACAGGUACCGUAUUUAUUUGAUUAAACGCCAUAGAUGGAGCAAAACGACCAAUAAACACCGCACCUCAUCAGAAGAAUGCGGCAUUUAUUUGAGGAUAAUAAGAAAAACCUCGCUACAACUUGGUAAUUUACACCAUCCAGACAUUUAAAAUAAUAGAGACAUUGGGACCUUUCAAUUACAUAGUAUUCCCAAACGAUUUAGUACAGUUGUCAGUGAUUUAAUAAAAGUGAUUUCGAAAUAAAUGCCGCCCUUGAAUAAACGCCACAUCAGAAACGUUUAAUUGAAUAAAUAUGGUACUGACAAAGUUUAUGGGAAGGAAAACAAUGCCAAGAAAAUGUAAUGCAUUAAAUAAUGAACUAAAUGCACAUGUCAUUUAAAUAAGUAAAUAAAGUACACAACCUUCGCCCACUGAAAGGAUACUAAAAUGAUUAAAUUAACAAAGGAUAUGGCAUCACUGUCUAGCCAUUGAAUGCGAGUCUUAUCUCCGGCAGUGUAGUUUUAUACGUCUCAAUGAUAACCCCAUGGCGCUUGAAGAAUUUGUUAAAGGAUUUGAGAAGUAGAAUGGAUUUGACGUGCAGCAUGUAUUGCCAUGAAAACCAAAACAUUGAAUUAAGACACAUAGAAGAACUUUUACAUGCAUGACCUGUCAACUGUCACAAACCACUUUCAUGGAGUUCAUGAGAUUAUGCCUGUCUGUAGCAAAACCUUCUGAUAGCAAAAUCACUCCCACCCAUUAUAACUUUUCUUGACUGCAAGUAGAAACUCGAGGUUCUGGUAAAUGUGUCUCCAUAGGGGAAUUGUUUCAAAUCAUGCAAUUAUAAUGCUGACACCCACUCCAAAAGUAUUUUUGAAGUAUUCCUAACGAUACUUUCCUUAUCACAGAUCCGUCAAUGAUGGUGGACAUGGCUAAAGGAAAUAUCACAAAUGUCUUACCAAUGAUUCUUAUUGGUGGCUGGAUCAACUGGCAUUACUCUGGUUUCAUCACAAGUAAGUUAUUUGAUGUCAGCUGUUUUGCAGUAGUAAGCAGGUCAAGAGAGCACUAUCUGUAGUAAAUGUGUAGAAAAUGACUGUGUAGUUUUUUGGGGUUUUGUUAAGUAAUUACAAGCCUCAGUUCUAUGUUUAUUAGCAUGCAGAUGUUUCUGGACUUAUGGCUGAUACUUAAGUACAGUCUUGCUGACACUUGGUAUCUUGGCUGAUACUUAGUUACAGUCUGGACCUUGGCUGCACUUAGCUACAGUCAAACUUCCAAUAAGGGACCACCCAAAAUGAGAAGAUUUAGUAGUCACUUAUAGGAGGUGGUUGUGUGCGAGAGUUGACAAACAAGGGGUCUCUUCGGAGAAGAGGUCCCAACACAACUAAUUUUUGGAAUACAAUUUAGUGCAUGCAAUAGGACAAUAAUGCACAAUGACUUCAUUUUACUACAACUACCGGAAUUUUUUAGUUUGUUGUUUUCUUGUGCAAAUAAGGGCUGUUGUAUUUUAAUCGUUUAAUGGAAUUGUCAAAGUUAAUUAAGGAAGCAUCGCAAAAAUGGCCUGUUUCUAAGGGAGUAAUUACAUGAGACCAGGAUGAACUUGGACCGGUAUGAGUUCGUAUCGCUCUCCAUACAUUCUUUUUAUGCAUUUACGUGGGACUGGCCUAAAAAUGAACUCAGAGCGGUCUGACUUCGUGUCGGUCUCUGACCUGACACAAGUUAUUUUUGUACUGGUCUGAGACUAUACCGUUCUCAUGUAAAACGGAAAUGAAUCUCAGACUGGGUCCAUAAAUAACAUGUUUCUUCAUAUGGCUCCAUCAUUUUUGUUUUUUUUAGCAAAUUAAGAACGCUGCUAUGAAUAACUGUAAACAAGACUUGGAAGUGGCUUCAAUUGUAUUAUGCUUCGGUUAAUGUGAGGGAUUGGACCAAUUUUGAGAUGCUGUGCAUUUGCCACCAGAUGAACAUUAGAUAAAGUUUACAAUUUAUUAUUUUCUGGGAGCUGUGAAAUCUGUGGUUCUCUCCUUACUGUCUUAAUUGGCAUAAAUUGUGUACCAGUUAGGGCAGUUAGUGAAUAAUAUGUUGAAUAAUCGACUUAAGAAAGUUAUAUAGCUACAAGAAUCUCCUGUUUUUGAGUUUGUAUCAGUCUCAUGUAAUCAAUGAAGCGUUUUGUCCCGGUCUCAUGUAAACAACUGCAAAAAUUACAGAUUCAUACCAGCCCGAGUUCGUCCCGGUCUCAUGUAAUUACCCCCUAAGUUAUGUUUAAGAAUAGUUUCAUGCUGUUCUUGUUAUUACCUAAACACUGUAGUACAGCAGAGACCACAUCAUGUGUCAAGUGAUCACUCCGAGAGGUUAAAAACAAUGGAAAAUAAUCAAACUGUCAGAUCAGUAAAGUGGUUGUGGCCGCUUAUGAGGAGGUGGUUGUUUACAAGAGGUUCUGAUUAUAGGGAUUUGACUGGGAAAAUAUUGGUGUUUUGAAAAAGUGGCCGCUUGUGGGAGGAGGUUGCUUACAAGAGAUGGUCACACAUGGAGGUUUUCCCGCAGCCCAAAAAUUAAUUUCAUUUUACUUUACUUGUAGCCAAAGUUCCAUUUCCACUAACUUUGCGGUUCAAAGCCAUGCUGCAGAGAGGAAUUGAUCUUACAACUCUGGAUGCUUCAUGGUAUGCUGUUUAGACAUUGUAUCACCAUUUUCAGCAGUAAUUUUAAUUUUACUGCCAUUCUCUCUUGAUUUUAAGUGAAAUGGUUAUUAGGAAAAUUCCAUGUUGAAAUCGUGUACACCCAACUACACUGUAUCUGUUUUGUGAAAAUUAUUCCUGUGAGAAAUGCUCAGUGCAUCUUCCUAAGAUUUUUUGACUACAUUUAAGCCAUUCUCACCUUGACUGCACAUAAGUGCCCAUGGUACUUGUAGAGUGCUGUGCUGCAUACCAGUGAGUUGCAAAUGAUGGAAUAGACAAUAAUAAUUUCUGACCCAUCACUUUUCCAUCAUUUGCAACUCACUGCUAUGUGGCACAGCAUUCUUUACGUACCAUGGGUACUUAUGGGCAGUCAAGGUGAGAAUGGGUUAAAUGCAGUGAAACUUCAAGGGCAAAAAAACCCAUAAUCCCCACUGAGAGUUAACCCAAGUAAAGGGAAUUAGAGGACAACAUGAGACAAGGAAAAAUUUUUUGACCUCCAUAGGAUUCACUCCUGCAACCUCAACAUUAGAACAUUGUAGAGAGUUCUUUGGUUUCUAUUGCACUUGUGUUUCCUAUGAAAGUAGUUGGGGGCACAACAAUGCUUAUAGUAGCUGGGGGAAAUCCCCGGCUCCUGCCUCUUAGUGACAGCCCUGCCGCUGCUGACUUGUACACUUGUGUAAAGAGAUUUAUCUAAAAGUAUGGAAUAUGUUUCAUGUUCUCUGGUGUAUUUUGUGUUUCAGGGUUAGUUCAGUGUCUUGGUAUUUCAUUAAUGUGUUUGGACUGAGGAGCAUGUAUGCAUUGGUGUUGGGUCAAGAUAAUGGUGUGUACUUUUUAUCUUAAUGGUGUCGUUAAGUCAUUUCCUUACAUUGCAUAUAAAAGGCACUAAUUACUGCAAUAGUCAUUUUAGGUAGACGUGAUCUGAAAAAAAAGCCUUGAUACAGUUCACACAAACACUUGGUAGUUAUGCGGAAUUCAAAAUACCACUCCCAAGUUGUUGUUGCUGUUGGCAUCCAUCUGUCUCGGGAGACUGUGGAAUCAGUGCCAAGGUUUAGUCAGUGGUUGAGUUGCAGCACCUGCUGUGGCUGUACAGUCUGAUUCUGGAUCGACAGGCUUUGUUGCAGUUGUUAGCUCUUUUGCUACUGAUGCUGCUCUCAGCCGCCUGCACUCUCUCCCCUCUCCUCACUUGCCUGAGUACCUGCCUUAACAGCAAGGCUCCAGUGACUUCGAGUAGAGUAGUGCCUCAAGAUCCCCAUUUAGGGUGUGUCAAACUGAGCCCAUUUAUUUUUAACAGCAAAAACAGUCUGACCCCUAAGCAGUCAGCAGCCCAGCGUACUACAUCAUGGCUUAAGAUCCAGUCCUCAAGUUUUUUUGGUUGUUGUUUUGUGGCAUGUUUUCAACAUUUUCUUGCUGUAGUUGUUUAGUAGAACUUUCAGCGUUUUUCCAGCCAGUUUUUUCGCCCCUGACACUAAUCAUUCCGUCUUUUGUUGCUCUUAAUAUGUAGGCAAAUACUCCUGGAGUUGAAUUCUUAAUAUAACAACAUCUAAGUUCAGAACAAAGAGAAAAUUCCGUCGUAUGUUGUUAACGUCCUCCAUAAAACGUGAAGUUAGGCAUUUUCACGUUGUAGUCGUGCAUCGAAUGCAAAGAAAUAUACAAAAAAGCGUGCUACAAGUGCAGAGUUGUUGUUGCUUUUUUUAUGUUCUCAUUGCACGUCAAGCUCCCUAUACUGCUAGGGCCAGAUGGCCAUGACAGAAGCCUCAGUUACAAAGUUAAUGUUAAAACGAAAGUCCUGAAGAGAAAUGAAGCACGUGUAAAUAGAUCUUGUGGUAAACUUUGUAGGGACUAAAUAACUCCUAGAAAGGAGGGCUGAUGUCCCCCUUUUCUAAAACAACCCAUUGGAUACGCUUGCGCAUCUCACACAGUGCAACUGCAGUUAAGUUCAUUAUACAUCUUUAUAGGACUACCUGUAGUAAUUAUGUUUGCAUUUUAUUUGUAUCUUUAGCUGCAGAUCAAACCCGUGUCAUGCAGGAGCAGAUGCAAAUGCAGAUGCAAAUGCCACAAGAUCCCAGCAAAGCAUUCAAGGUAUGCACAAAUUAUUUUUGACGUGUUUCAUGAAGACUGUUCUCAACAUGUUGAAAGGGUUGGGGGGAGGUUGCUGCUGAAGGAAAGCGGAAGUAGGAAAUGUAUUUUUCCCAUCUCAGUCCCCACGGGCAAUGUGUUCCCUUCCCAAUUAUCGCUGACCAUAGGAAAUCAAGGUAGCGCGGGUCUUUCGAACACAGCAAUCGACUGGGACAAUGAUGUUUCAUGUAGUUAUUAGUGACAGCAUUUACUGGAUGAAGGUGGAGAUUUGGGGUGACGAAAAAAAAUCUUGUCAAAGGAGCGUUGCGGAGGUCAAAAUGGCAAAGAUCAGGGAGGGGAGGGACCUCCUAAGUGACACACCCCAAGAUGGUGACUUGAAAACUUAUUUUGCUCCUAACAGAGAAGGAUAGAAAAAAUGUCUGCCUUUUACCUCGUGAAUGUAUUCACAAGGUUAAAGUGGGCACUUCCACUUUAUUGAUCUGUUCGUCGAUUCUUGUAAACUUUCAUUGUAUGCAAAUGAGGAUUGAUUAAGAAAGGAAUUGUCACUUGAUUAGUAUGCGGUUAAUUUUCGGUGAUGACUGAAAUGAAGUGCCAUUGUGAUCACGUUUUGAAAAUAGUUGAAUUUGUCUCCAAUCGAGGUAGGCCCUUGAUUUUCGUCGUUUUGUACACGUUUGACUCGCCGUUAUGUACAUUUUGCAAAAGAGAAGUGGAAUCCAUUGAACAUUUAAUUUUUCAUUGUAAUGUGACGGAUACUUUUUGGGAAAUGUUUUGCUCUUGGCUUCGUGAAUGUGAGGUUACAUUACAAUCUUUUACAACAAUGCAUAUUUUGUGUGGAGUUUUUAACACUGGAGAUGAUUUUUCAUUCCCAAUCAUCUGAUUCUGGCAACUAAAUUGUUUAUCUGUAAGUGUAAAUUAAACAAUACGCUUCCUUCUAUUAAAUUUCAUAUGCCUCACACUUUACUGAUAAAGUCUAUAGUUUAUGAACAAUUGCAUGUAACACUAAUGUCUGUAUCAUGAUAUUGCCGUAUUAUUUUUUUCUCUUCCUACUUUGAUGGCAUUGUGAAAAUUUCUAUGGUAAUUCGUAUUUUCUGUGGCAGUAAUCUAAGUCGUGUAUAUCGAAAUAGGCCACUUCGGAGUUCCAAAAACCCUCUCUUUCAAAUGCAGUUCACAGUGCAAGACAGAAUUUUGAACAAUAGUUGUUUACCUGCAAAAACGCCUAGAAAAUCACUUAAGUCUAAUUAAAGUUAUCUACUGCCAUGAAUUCGGAUGAAAAUUCAUCCGAAACACGCCAAAAAUGGUUAAAAAUGAGUAAGGUAGUCAUUGCUUGGAUAAUUUAGUCAAAGGGUCAAUUUGAGGUCAAAAAUGUUUAACUGAACAAAGUGUGCAAUACUAACAAGGCUUUGUCAUCUAUCAAAAACUCUAAUUAACAUACUUUCAUUAAAGAAAUAUCAUGGCGGGGAUGCUCCAAAAUGGAACACGCUUUACACCGAAUAGCCUAUUUCCGAGUUCCCCCGGGCCUCUGUUUCAAAACGAGGGUAGGUGCUCAGCCUUUGAUAUGGAAAUCAUUUUUCAUUCUCAUGCAAAUAAAACUCAUUUACACAAGAAAGGUUGUGCACUUAGCCUCAUUUUGAAAGUGAGGGUUUUUGGAACUCGGAAGUGGCCUAUUAAAUGUUAGGAGAAGGGGUAUGUUGAUCAUAAGUUGACCAUAGGCAAAACCAUAACAAUAGAAAAAUCAUAGGAUUACAAGUUAAAAUUAGUUAACUAAAACUAAACUGAUAUGUACAGUUAACAAGUGUCACCGCAUUCGUCAAAGACGACUAACGUAACUCUUAAAACAGUCAUUCUCUGGACGAGAAAACAAAAAGGGCUUGACAAAAAUAAAACUAACCUCUCCUGUCACGAGGAGAGAAUAACGAUCGAUCAGCUUCAUUGCGGGGGAUUUUAACACCCAGGAAAAGAGCCAAAUUGAUUUUACGAUAUUUUUCCCCAUUGUACGCACAGUAUAUUUGUAAACGUAGCAAUCUUUAAUAAAUCCCAAGCACCAAAUAAAAUUCCUUUAAUAACGUUUUACUCAAAACAUACGCACUACGAACAUUUUUCAUCUUUCUCGUUUUUUAUCUUUUAACAAUAAUCAGUGGUAACUUGAGGUUUUUAACCGGCUUUCUAAUGUUGUCCGUGUACUUUCUUAUAGGCGGAAUGGGAAGCUUUAGAGAUUGUAACACAUGACUGGUCACUAGAAAAUGUCGAGGAAGAGAUGAUGACAGAGUUUUCACCUGCAGAUGUUGAAGUCAUUGCCAAGGAUAAAUAUGUUUAA